CUCAACUUGAAGAAGAGCAGACAUUACAUCUGAUUCAAGAGAGUCCCGGCAAUUUGUUCAUCAACGCACACUUGUUAUCUCAAGAACACAGCCAUCGAGGAUGCCGUACCCACCGAAGCUGGUGAGCCACGGCUCGAAAGCGCUCCUGCGCUACCAGAAUUCUCUCGACGAGUUCGGUGCCAUUGUCUGCUUCUAUGCUCAGACUUUUCUUCUAUUCACUGGUGAUCAAAUCAUUGACACCGUCAUUCCAGGCACAGCCUUCGCCGUCUUUGCUGCCCUCUCAGGUGCCACUCUGAAUCUGCCAGAUCAAUCGGCUCUGUCCGUUCUGGUACGCAUUCCUCAAGUCUCUCUAUGGCUAUGGCUUGUCAUCCUCCAAUUCUGCGUGCAGAAUCAGCGUGGCGUCAGCUCUGUGGCGGAAGACUCCAUCAACAAGCCAUGGCGACCUAUUCCCUCUGGUCGAAUGACUUCCGAGCAGGCAGACAAGCUGUUGGCUAUCGCGAGCCUUCUAGCCAUGACUCUAAGCUACUCGCUCAACAUCAUGCCCAUCUUCAUCGUGUACGUGUUCCUCAUCACCACAUACAAUGACUAUGGUGGUGGCAAUAAGUCUGGCGUUAUCCGAAACCUGUUCUGUGGUGCCGGAUUCUCCUGUUACUUCGGUGGGGCACUGACCAUUGCCAUCGGUCCCGAGUGUCGCAUGAGCUAUGAUGCCUGGAAGUGGACAGCCAUCGUCGCCGCAGGCAUCCUCUUGACGACCAUCCAGACUCAAGAAUUUCGUGACGAGGCUGGUGACAAGGCCCGUGGACGUCGCACACUGGUCACUGAGCUUGGUCGAAAGCCGGCGCUGUGGACAGUUUUCGUGACCGUGGCGUUUUGGUCGGUCUAUGUUCCCUUGGGUUUCUUCACUGGCGGUUGGUUGACUGCUCUCUUGCCUAUGCUGACUGGCGGCACUCUAUUGGCAAUCGCUUUCCAGGCCUAUGGUAAGGGAGACGAUCAGCUAGAUCGCAAGAUGUACAAGCUAUGGUGCUUGUGGAUGUUUGGGUUCUGUCCGCUGCCCUUCUUGGCUGAUAUUCUUGCUUGA